AUGGUGAUUCUUGCUAAAACUUGCGGUCUCCAGACCAUCGACGCUGCCCAGUGUGCUAUUGAUAAUGGUGCAGAUCUUCUAGGAGCAAUUUUCGUUCCUGGUAGAAGUCGAACCGUCCAUCACCAAGUAGCCAAAGACAUCUCCCAACGAUGCCACGAUGCUAGACUUGUUAAAAACCCUGAUUUCAAUAAAACUGAAUUCUUCCAGUCUGUGCUUUCUGGUGAUGUUGCGUCUUCUGGUGCUGAAUAUUUCACCAAGGUACAGGAACAAUUGGCAAAUAAUGGACCUUUUUUAGUUGGGGUGUUCCAAAACCAAUCAAUACCAGAGAUCGUUGAUGCAGUGAACGCCACCAAUUUGGAUAUUGUGCAGCUUCACGGGUCAGAAAAUAAGCUUGAAUACGUUAAAGAACUCAAAAAAUUGGGGAUCCCCGUUAUUUCUCGAUACCUCGUACAAGACCUCCAGGAUUCUGAAAAACUUACCAAUGAAAUUUGUGUCAAUGGUCAACACUUGCUUGUGUUAUUGGACAGCGCUGUUGGAGGUGAAGGGACAACCUUAGAUUGGGAACUGAUUGAUAAAAUCAAUGCGAAUGGGACGAUAAAAUUCAUGUUGGCCGGGGGAUUGGCGCCAGACAAUGUGGCGUUGGCAAAAAGGGUCAAUGGGGUGAUUGGUGUUGAUGUUAGUAGUGGUAUUGAAACCGCUAAAAGAAAGGACAAUGUGAAAAUUGAACAGUUCAUUAGACAAGUCAGAGAAUGA